AGGUAGUUAAGCGUGUCUAGUUUCCCAUAUCGGUAUUAGUAGUGCUCUCCUAUUAUAUUGUUUCCCGGUUUUUCUAUUACAUGUUGUCUCCUUUGCUUUAUUAUCACUCUCCUAUUAUCGUAUUCGUCGAUUUCUAUUAGCAUCUGUUAUUUCUUUUGCUUUCGGCUAUUGUAUUACUGGCUGUUGAUACUGUUCUAUUCUCAAUUAUGGUAUUUCCUUUUCAAACUUGCUUUAUUGAGCCGAGGGUCUUUGGAAAUAGUCUCUCUACCUACACAAGGUAGGAGUAAGGCUACAUACACACCACCCUCCCCAGAGCACACUGGUGGGAAUACGCUGGGAUUGUACAAUGCGUUCGUGUGACUUUGAUGCAGAGCAAGCGUGUGUUUUACAUUCACUUGAGAAGAGGACAGAACGCAUCUCUUCUGAUACUGAAGUUCAUCUUGCAUUGACUCCUCUUCAACCUGUUGUAUUUUUUGGUUUCCACCGUAGGAUGAGUGUAACAGUUGUUGGAACUGUGGAAGGUGGGAAGGCGCCAACAAAAAUAAAGACUGACCUGAAGAAACCUAUCGUCAAUCUUGCUUGCCAUCCUCGACUCCCUGUUCUGUAUGUAGCUUACGCGGAAGGCUUUAUUCGAGCUUAUAACAUCCAUACAUAUACUGUACAUUACACUUUACAAUUGGAUAAUACUAUCAAGCUGGUUGGUGCUGGUGCAUUUGCAUUUCAUCCAACAUUGGAAUGGCUUUUAUUGGAGAUAGACGCGGUACUCUUCUUGCAUGGGAUGUAUCAACUGAAAGGCCUAUGAUGAUUGGAAUUACACAAGUAGGUUCUCAACCUAUCACAUCAGUUUCUUGGCUGCCAAUGCUGCGGUUGCUGGUCACUUUGUCCAAGGAUGGAAAUAUUCAAGUGUGGAAAACAAGGGUGGUACUGAAUCCCAACAAGCCACCCAUGCAAGCAAACUUUUUCGAGCCUGCUGGUACACUCAAUUCUUUGAAUCCCCUGAUGAAAUUGUCAUGAGAUCACCUUGUUGAAGUUGUUUGACAUGAAUGAGGAGCUUCUAAUAGU